UCCUGGUCGUGUGGUUGACCCGGCCGGGUGCUGCCGUGCCACACUUGUCAUUCGGACUCCCCUGCCAUUGCCGUCCAAUCUCACCGAGCUCGACCAAGGCCGUCCAUCCAUUGCCGUGCCGGAGUUGAGAACCAACGGCUCCAUGGCUGCCUGCCCGCCGUGGGGUCUCUACCGCGACCGGAUUCGGACCGUCGCCGUGUCCGGAGCACAGAUAAGAUCCACUCUCUCCUCCCACUCUCAGUCUCAGUCGUCCGGUCAAAGCGGAUCCAGCUGCUCCGGCGACUCCGGCAGCCCCUCCGAUUCGUCAUCCGUCGUCGCAAUGGAUUUCGGCGCCCACGAGCUCGCCGUGGUCGCUCGCCAAAUGGUUAGCCACGGUUACACCCAGUGUAUGAUCCAAGCGUUCCACAUCGCACCUGCAUUGGGAUUGGGCGGCCCGGACGACCGUGCUCUGGAGAAUUGGUUCUUCGAGCUCGACGUGGACUGGGUUCUUCAAAUCCGCAAGGAGCAUGGCUUAUGUCAGCAGCUUGAGCUCCAUGACAAGUCGCCGUCAUGGUUCCGGCCAGCGUCAUGGCUCCAAGACUUGGUCGAGAGGUGGAUUCGAGCUCUCAUCGUAAUUAGCUUCAGUGUCCAAGCGAUGGUCUUCACCGCUUACCAGAUGCCGCCGGUCGCACGGUUUGCCAAAGCGAGCAUUGCCAAGAUGCUCAUUUUCGUCGAUAUUAUUGCUCCUGUUCUUAGGGUGGAGAAUUUACAGGCCGUGCUAGACAUGUAUACUAGUGUCUCCAAUGCAUCGUACAUGUUUAUGCCGGUCGUGAUCUCCCCGGAAGCCCAAAGCAUAUUCAGCGAGAUAGGCAGCUCGUUGGAGACACGAGGAGACAGGUUAUAUGAGGUCCUAUCAAGCAUGAUGGAGGAGGUGAGGACACCCAUGGAGGAGGACAAAUGGGCUAUUGAGAUUCUUCGAGGAGGAGGCGGGGUUCACAGAAACACUCGGUUGAUGGUAGAUUACAUCACAUCCAUGAAGGAAGCAUGUGCGUCGACGCACAACUGUGCACCGAGCAACAACACCGUAAACCUUGGUCACCUGAUAGAUGACACGAUCGAGUAUCUAGAGGUUCUGCUUCUGAGGAAAUCAGAGGUAUGCUCAGAUCCAAGCCUGAGCUAUAUUGAUGCUUCUUGGGGACAUGUCCUAUCCUGCAUACCAAAAUCGAGAUUUCCUGGACCCGUCCAUUGCUGGAUCAACACCUCAUCACUGGCCAAAUUCGAAUCAGCAUUUCAAAAAACUUACCGGGCUCAGAAGUUGUGGAAGGUUCCGGACCCUCAGCUCAGAGAUGCGCUGCGGAAGGCUAUCAUCAAAAGAGUCAUUUCAGGGUACCGCCACUACCUGGAGGAGCAUCCAGAGCUAGAGAAACAUGUUGGGCGAGAAAGCACCAGUCCUGAAGUUUUGCAGGCCAUGCUGGGAGAGCUAUUUGAAGGAUGAAAGUUGCUUGAGGCAUCAAACAGAGUCACCUGACAAAUCAGAGGCCAGAGUGAUAUUUUCGCCGUUGUAUUUGGAUUCUAUUUCCCCCCCUUCCUUUUGAGGUGAAGCUGUAUUCUGAAUUCCAUUGACAGCUUAAUUAGCGCCAGAUGCUGUAUCAACUGGGCACCAACUACGGCUGUCUUAAAUUUGAUUUCCUAAUUCCAUGUCAAAUACUUUCACAUCUGCUUCU